AUGCAGCAGCAACGCAAGCGCCCUCGUAUUGAAGAAACAAACAUCAGCGGCCUGCCCAACGAGAUCUGGCUCCUCAUCCUGUCGUUCGUGCCCGAGUGGCUCAACCUGCACUUUGUCUGCCGCGAUUUCUACGCCAUCUUCGAUCGGAUCUACUACGAGCCCAAACGCCGGCUCACCCCAAGGCCCGCGAACUAUCCGCCCCAGCAACCUCGACCUACUGCGCUGGGCUCGAUGGGCAAUCGGAGAAGCCUCUCGCAUUCGGGACUCACGAGGAUCCUGGUGAAGGGCAUCGCAUUGAACGAUGCAAGGAGGGCAGAUUUCGUGGCCUUUUGGGAGAUGGGCUGGCCACAAUAUAUCGAUUUCGAUUUCGACGACAUAUAA